GUCGGUCCCAUCCAUUGCUUCAGCACUGCGCUCGAUUUUUCAAAAUGGUCGCUAUCAGGGGUCUCGUUGCAGCUGCUACCGCAAGCUAUCUUGCUUUAGGCAAUAACUGUCCGAUCACCGACUACGUCCCGUCGUUCCCUGCCGGCCAAACUACACUCGUCGCUCCUUCCGAAAACCCGAAGUUCUUGGGCCUCGCGUUUGGCGUGCAGAACUACACCUGCUCCAGCGCAAACACUUUCACGAGCACCGGCGCGGUCGCAGAGCUCAUUGAUGCGUCCUGCCUCGCCUCCACCUCCGAGUACUCGACGAUCCAGAACGACCUCUACAACGUCUGGACGCAGCUCGUCCCGCAGUCUAUCCAGACGGCCAUCGACUUCCUCCACAAGGUCAACCCGCCCGUGAUCCUUGGCCAGCACUUCUUCAAGCCCAACCCGGUCACCGGCAAGGGCCUGAGCCCCGUCUGGGACUUCCGUUCGAACUCGCGGUUCGCGGGUAACGGAGACGCGUUCGUCUUGGGAGCGGUCAACGGCUCGGUCCCGUCGCCGACGGACUCCACGAAGGACGUCGCUUGGUUGCACGUCCUGAACGUCCAGGGCAAGCUCGCCGACCAGAUCUACCGCUACGACACCGUCGGCGGCCAGCCCCCCACCUCGUGCAACUUUGGCAAGGACGCCGACAUCUCUGUCAAAUAUGUCGCGAAGUACGCCUUCUACGGCGGCUCGGUCAACUAACUGCGAGGGGCUUUCCAUGGCUGAGCUACGUCUGCUUCAGCCCGGGUCGCAAUGGAUGUGGGCCUUGACAAAGGCUCAUGAGUAUUCUCAUCUGGCGCGAAAGUCUGCCAUACUGUCCUUUACUUGUAUUCUGCCAGUAUAAGU